UCAACAAUAAAUCCGACGUACGCUCACCGCGAGUUUCGAGAUGCUCUGUUUGGAUUGAAUGACACUAAAGCUUUAUCCCCUGUGUUGUUUUAACGAUAGGAUUGCAUGAUAGUUGGUGAGAUGAUUUCUUUAAAGCGAGAGAGGAAAGCUGAGGUGGACGACGAUGAUAACGAAGACGGAGUUGUAGCUAAAAGAGGACGAGGACGUAUAGUAGAAGACCGGAGAAGCCGCCACUGUCCUUACCUUGACACGAUAAACAGAAGUGUUCUUGAUUUUGACUUCGAAAAGCUCUGCUCCAUCUCUCUAUCCCACAUCAAUGCUUAUGCUUGCCUUAUAUGUGGGAAAUACUUUCAAGGCAGAGGUCAAAAGUCUCAUGCAUACACUCACAGUGUCCAGUUUACCCAUCAUGUGUUCCUCAACCUGCACACACUCAAGUUUUACUGUCUGCCAGAUAACUAUGAGAUCAUCGAUUCAUCAUUAGAAGAUAUCACGUAUGUUCUGAAGCCAACUUUCACAAAGCAACACAUUGCAGGGUUGGACAAGCAGGGUAAACUGUACAGAGCCUAUGAUGGUACAACCUACCUGCCUGGCAUUGUGGGUCUUAACAACAUCAAAGCCAACGACUACGCUAAUGUGGUGUUACAGGCUUUUUCCAAUGUUCCACCUUUGCGAAACUACUUCUUGGAGGAGGAAAACUACAAGGGAAUCCGCAGACCACCAGGGGACAUCAUGUUUCUCCUAGUCCAGAGGUUUGGUGAGCUGAUGCGCAAACUUUGGAAUCCAAGAAACUUCAAGGCCCAUGUGUCUCCUCACGAGAUGCUGCAAGCUGUGGUGCUGUGCAGCAAGAAGACUUUUCAAAUUACCAAACAAGGUGACGCGGUAGACUUUAUGACGUGGUUCUUGAAUGCUCUUCACGGUGCUCUUGGAGGCACGAAGAAAAAGCCAUCAAUAAUCACAAAAGCGUUUCAAGGCUCUAUGCGGAUCUUCUCCAAGAAACUUCCACACCCUGACUUGACACCAGAGGAAAAAGAAGUUCUGCUCCAGACUGAGGAGUACCAGGAGCAGAUGUCUGAGUCCACCUUCCUGUUUCUGACUCUUGACCUCCCAACAGCUCCUCUGUACAAAGAUGAGAAGGAGCAACUUAUAAUCCCACAGGUUCCACUCUUCAACAUCCUGGGCAAAUUCAAUGGCAAUACAGAAAAGGAAUACAAAACCUACAAAGAGAAUUUUCUCAAAAGGUUCCAGUUGACCAAGCUGCCACCUUACCUCAUCUUUUGCAUCAAAAGAUUCACCAAGAACAACUUCUUUGUGGAAAAAAAUCCAACAAUUGUCAAUUUUCCAAUCACAAAUGUAGAUCUUUCAGAGUACCUGACAGAAGAAGCUCAAGCUACAGAGAAGAACACUUCUUACGACCUUGUUGCAAACGUUGUGCAUGAUGGGAAACCCACUGAAGGAUCGUACAGAAUACACGUUCUGCAUCAUGGUACGGGGAAGUGGUACGAGAUGCAGGAUCUGCAGGUGAUCGACAUCCUUCCCCAGAUGAUCACACUGUCAGAAGCUUACAUCCAGAUCUGGAAGAGACAAGGCAGUAGUGACUCAAACAGCCACACGGGGGAGUAAGUGAUGCAAGACAGCUACCACUUUGAUGGAAUGCAGUUUUGUAAUUUCAUAAAUAAACUAAGUUUUUAGAUCCUUAAGGGACAAAAGUGGCAUGAGUGUCAAGAUUUUCUUUAUAGCCUCAA